UUCUUCAACCUCCUACGCUUCAUUCACGCUCUUUCUUCCACAGCAGCGGCUUCAAUCUUCUCUCCCCUUCCCUCUCAACCAUGGCUGCCUUCGCUAUGAAGCCUGCAAAACCCGGCUACGAGGAGACCGGGGAGCAAAUCCACAAGAUCAGGAUCACUCUCUCUUCCAAGCAUGUCAAGAAUCUCGAGAAGGUUUGUUCCGACCUGAUUCGUGGUGCGAAGGAUAAGAGACUCAGGGUUAAGGGACCAGUUAGGAUGCCUACUAAGGUUCUUAACAUCACUACCAGGAAGUCCCCUUGUGGAGAAGGUACCAACACAUGGGAUAGGUUUGAACUUCGUGUGCACAAGAGAGUCAUUGACCUCUACAGCUCCCCAGACGUGGUCAAGCAGAUUACCUCAAUCACCAUUGAACCUGGUGUUGAGGUUGAGGUUACCAUUGCAGAUGCUUGAUCUGGUUUCGAAACUUUAAUGUUGUUAUGAUCCCUUGUUUAUUUCUUCUGUAUUUGAAGUUUUGGUUGUGGAACUGAGUUGGUUUGUUCUCUCUAGUUUUACGGUAGUGAACAUCGAUGAAUACCUCGAGAAAUCAUGCUUAAAACGUUCUAGAAUCAUACAUGAUGAAUUUUGUUUUGAUAUUAUGUCAGAAAGUUAUUAUUAUUAUUAUCUA